AUGUCUGAUCCAUUGUCAGUUGCCAUAAGUGUUGCGGGAAUCGUCUCGCUUGGUAUCCAAGUGACACAGACGCUUUACAACUACUACGCAAACGCGGAGUCGGAUGUCGCACACAUUCUCACGAAGUUGGAUAGUCUUCUAGAGCUACUCGAUAGCUUACAUCGCCAGCUCAAGGACCGCAAAUUCCGCUCGAACGACCGUCACGUCUUGGCGUUGAUUGAAAAGCAUGUCCAGGAAUGCGAGGACUGCAUUGAAGAUCUCCGUGAUCAUACAGAAAAGUUUGGGGAUCUACAGCCAAAAGACACUCUGGCUAUUACAAAAGCCCUCGGUCGACGGCUUGCUUACCCAUUCCGGGAGAAGACAUUGAGAAGGCUUGAAGAGGAUGUCGCUGAGGUCUUCAGUCGCAUGUCUUCUGCAUCACAACAGCUGCAGCUGAACGACACCAGCAACAUUCGGAAUGAAGUUGAGGAAAUCAAGACUUUGAUGGACCUAGUGAGGGCCAGCCAGGUUGAUAAUAAAGUCUUCGAAUGGUUGAAAGCCCCUGACGCUACGAUCGACUUCAAUGAAGCUUGUAAGAAAAAGCACCCCGGAACAGGCCUGUGGUUUGUCCAGGGCCCCGCGUACAAGUGA